AUGUGGUGUUUGCGGUAAACCAGCAAUAGGUAAAAAUUUUGGCGCUCUUUCGUGUGAACCCUGUAAAGCAUUUUUUAGAAGAAAUGCUUUCAAAAAUGAUCUCAAAUGUCACUUUACCUCCAACUGUAUGAUCGAUGAAAUAACCCGAAAAUUUUGUUCAAAAUGUAGAAUUGAUAAGUGUUUGGCUAUUGGAAUGAGAAGGGAUUGGUUGACAAAUGAUGGCCAAAGAGAGUGGAAAAGAGUGAAAAAAGAUGCCAAAGGAUUGAAACUAUUAGAGAAAAAUCUAAAUGAUUUGAAAAAUCAAAGAUAUAAUUGUAAUGAUAAAAGUAAUGAUAAUAAUUAUAUCGACACAAAUGUAUUGUCAGAUUUAUCAACAGAUACCUCAACAGAGUCUUUAAUCAUAAGACAAGAUAUUAAUGAUAUUUCAGAAAAAGACUUUAUCUUUGAACCACAAGAUAACAGUGUUAUACAAAGCGAAGCGUUACUUGAAAUUGAAAGCAUUUUCGGUUCAAAUAUUUCACAAAAUACCUCAUCAUCUCAGAUGUCAUUACAUUCAUCUCAACCUCAAUCUCAUCAAAAUCAACAACAAUUAGAUAGUGAAGACACACAAUACGAAUCUAUUGAUAUAUCCGAUGAUGUCAUACAAAAGGCCAUUCAAUUUGAAUUAACACCCAUUCCUAUACCAAAACCAUUGACACCAAAUAAAAAUGAAUUGAAUGAUAUGGAAAAGUAUUUACUCAAUGAGUUAUUUGAUUCAUUCAAAUCUAUAGGCAAUUACAGUGAACGGAACCGUUCAGUGAUCACCAGUCAAAUCAGUACUCCUAAUGAAAUCAAUUGCUGUAUGUUUUUUAAGAUCGAUAAAGGAGUUCGUAUUAUCACAAGUGCUGCCAAAAGGUUAUCUGCAUUCAGAAACAUCUGUCAAAGAGAUCAGAUCUCACUUCUUAAGUACGGAUGUAUUGAGUCUGUGUUCAUGCGAUCUGUUGUCUACUAUAACUGGAGUAUUGAUUGUUGGAUAUUACCAUUUGAUAAUGAAAAUACUAUCAUGAUCAAUUUAGAAAAUUUGAGACAAUUUCCUACAAAUGUUUAUAAUAUAGUGAAAAAUUUUAUGCGCAAAAUGUAUUCAAUUUAUGACUCGGAUCGAUACGUUAUUGACCUGUUAUUGGCAAUUAUUUUAUUUAAUCCGGAUCAUCCUAAUAUUGUUAAUAAAGAGAUUGUAAAAUCACAACAACAUUUAUACAUGUAUUUACUUCAACGAUAUUUGCAAAUUAAGUUAAAGUCUGAAUGCGAGGCAAAGACACGACUAUUGAGAUUAUUGAAUACAUUAACUGAUUUAAGUAUUUUAAGAGAAAUGCAAAAACAAAACUUUUUGAAUUAUAAUAAUGAAGUGACUAAUGAUUAUCCACUGAUCAAAGAAAUAUUAUUAGAUUAA